AUGUCUUCUCCGGCAAAAACAGUUCGAUCACCAACAAUGACAAGUAUUUCAACAUUAGGAAAUACUCCAGGUGGUGGUGAUAUUCAAGAUGAUUUUCAAGCUUUUCAAAUGCGUGCAGUUAUACGUGAUUUUAAAUUAACUGCAGAAUUCUUUGCAUCAAACGGUGAUGUUGUAUUAAUAUGCGGAAGAAGUAAUCAAGAAAAACAAGGCAUGUUAUUAGUAUCCUAUGCAAUACCAUCAACAGCUAUAUCCUUAUCAGUAUCUGUACGUUUACUGAAAGUAAUAAAAUUAACAAAAAAAGUUGUUUUACAACUUGAAACAAUACCAAUAUUCAAAUUAGCUUUAUUAUUAGGUGAUGGAGUUGUUAGUUUACUUGAUAUCGAUUCACUUGCGGAAAUUACGUCUGUACCAGCUAACAAUAUUUCAUUAUUUACAACUUGGUAUGAGGCUGCAUCAAAUCCAUCGACACCUACAUCAUCCAUUUCAAAUAAUUCUAUAUCAGUUCCUAGUGAACUUCGAAUAUGUGUUGCAACAAAACGUCGUACACUUGUUUUCUAUAAAUGGUUACCUCAACAACGACGUUUAGAAGAAAUUAAAGAUCCACGUGGUGCAUUCGAUAUCAUAGAUAUACCUCGUGCUUUAGCAUUAUCACGUGAAAAAGUUUGUAUUGGUUAUAAAAAAUCAUAUGUUAUUAUGAAUCUUGCAACUGGUACAAAUAUUAAUGAAUUAACAUUUACAGGAGCACAAGAACCAGUUAUAAAUUGUCUUAAAGAUCGAUCACAAUGGUGUAUACAAAUGGAAGCAAAUACUGUAUUUUUAAAUUCAAAUUUUGAACCAUUAUAUGAAAAUGGUAUUGUAUGGAAAGAUAUUCCAUCUGCUGUUGUUCAAUCAAGUCCAUACGUAUUAGCAUUAAUGAAUCAAACAAUUGAUGUUUGUACAUUUAAUGGUUCACAAUCAGUACCUGUUCAACAUAUUCCUCAUAAAAAUACAGCCAUAGGAAAAUGUCGUUUAUGGAUGGAUGCACAAACGGAUAGAAUUUAUGCAGCAACACCAACAGAUGUUUGUCUACUUGAACCAAUCCCAGUUCAAAUACAAUUAACAAAUUAUACGGGCAUGUAUAGAUAUGAUUUAGCUUUAAUUCUUAUUCGAGCUGUACUUGGAAUGUCGGUUUCAUCAUCACAUGAUCAAUCAAGAACAGGUGAUGGUCAUGCAAAAGGAAAUCUUGAUACAACUAUAAUGCCUAAAGUGAUAACAUUUGGAAAUGAUGAACAAUCAUCAUCAUCAUCAUCUCGUUAUAAUCCAACGAAUGAAUCAUCUCAAAAUCUAGAUGAUACAGCACUUUGGCAUGAAUAUUAUCGUGUUGGUACAAUGUAUGCAUUUCAAUUAUUUCAUAAACAACAAUUUGAACAAGCUUUUGCUGAAUUUAAUGAAUAUUUAACUGAUCCAGCUGAAAUUAUUCCUCUAUUUCCAUUAUUAUCAAGUAAUACAUGGUUAAAAAAUGCAUCUAAUGAAUUAACGACAUUUGUUAAACAACAUCGACAUUUUUCUGAACCAGCUGAUUUUGUUGGAGUAAAAUUUGAAAAUGCUCUGCGAGAAUUACAACAUUACCUCACUGAUUUACGUCGAGUUUUUCAAACAAUUUUUCGACGUUCGCCAGAUUCAUAUCUUGAAGUUCAAUCACUUGUUCAAAAUCGUCUUAUAUUAAAACCUGUUCGUGAUUUAUUAAUGAUUGUUGAAACCGCUUUACUUAAAGCUUAUUUAAUAACGAAUAAUAAUACAUUAGCAAAUGCAUUACUACGUAAUCAAGAUAAUUGUUGUUUACCAUCGGAAGUUGAAAGUGAACUUAAAAAACAUCAUCGUCGAAUCGAAUUAGUUUCAUUUUAUGAAAAACAAAAUCGUCAUCAAGAAGCAUUAAAAUUAAUUACAAGUACAGAAGCAUUAUCAUCACGUGAAAAUAUUCUAAAUUAUUUAUCAAAACUUGAUAAUGAUCAAUUACAAUUAAUUUUUCAAUAUGUUCAACCAAUGAUACAAUCAGCUUUACAUGAACCAGAUAAUGACAAGAUACUUCAUGAAAUAUUAACAUUAUUUAUUGGUGAAUCAACACCGACAACUGAUACAUCUCAAAUACAAACAAUUAAACUUGAACCUAUGGAAGUUUAUAAAUUUUUAAAUGGAAUAGAUCAAGAUUUUGCUAUAAGAUAUAUGGAACAUAUUUGUUUGAAACCAGAACUUGGCUCUAAACAACGUGAUAUUCAUAAUCGUCUUGUUUAUGCAUAUUCUGAACGUAUUAAACAAUUAUCGGAUAAACUAAAACCAAUGAUUAAAGCAAAUCAACAAGAAGUUUAUACAGACGAUGAUGUUAUUGCCACGCGAACAUCAUCUGUUGAUGCGGAAAAAUAUUCUGCAAUAUCAACAAUAAAAAAACAAAAAACUGAAUAUGAAGAAAAACUAAAAUUCUUUUUACUUAAUCGAAAUUGUCAGUGUGAUUUUGAAGUAUUAGAAGCUUAUUUUCCACGACAACAAACCAAUCCAGCAGAUGAACAUCUAUUUAGUUUACAUUAUGCUAUUGUACUAGGAAAAUUAGGACGACAUCAAUUAGCACUUGAAACAUUUGUUAAACAUGGAUUUUAUACAGAUGCUGAACGUUAUUGUGAAACAAUUUAUGCUAAUGGUGAUAUUCAAUUAGCUCGUGAACUUUAUCGUCAAUUAAUUGAACAUUAUUUAGAAAAAAGUAAUGAUGGAAGUUUAAAUGAAAAUAGUUUAAAAACAAUCUUACGUAUUGUUAAUAAUGCAUCUGAACGUCUUGAUCCUGUUGAAGCAUUAAAAAUUUUACCCGGACAAUUAAAAUUAAAUAGUAUGAAAGAUUUUAUCGAACAAUCAAUACAAACAUGUUCAAUGAAGAAACGUAGUUCACAAAUCGAACGAAGUUUACUUUUUAUAAAAUUACUUCGUACACAAUCGAAACGUAUCGGAAGUGAAAAUCAAUCAUUUAUUAUUGAUGCUGAUUCUCAAUGUGCUCGAACAGAUUGUACACAACCAAUAACAGCAACACAAGCUGUUCUAAGAUUUCCAAACCAUAAAAUAGUUCAUUAUCAUUGUAAAGCAAAAUAUGAAAAAGAACUUGAAGAACGACAUAAGAAACAUUAUUAA